UCAGAGUGCUCAGGUAAGAAUGGAAGUGAGCCUAUCCUGUUACGGACCACCGAUGGUGUUCUGGUGCAAUAUGACAGUAUAAACAGCACAACUGGGCAAAACGUGGCUAUGAAUGCUUCUGGCUCUCCGCCAUCCACAGCAUGUAUGGGACCGUCUGUCAGUCACCCGGUAUCUCAAUCGCAGAUUCCGAAUGACCCUUCAUAGAGAGCAAGUAUGUCACUCGGCUGAAUGCGUACCCCGUUUUGCGCGCUUGUGGCGGGGGAUCGAUCCCCGCCCUUCCUCGACCCCUUUUUCGUUCCUUGUCUUCGUGCGGCCGUCUUCCUCGUCGUCUGUCCGUCGUCACGUUACACUGUCCACCAUUUAUCGUUCUCCUCAUGCUGUUUCUCGCUUGGCCGUGUGUCCCGCCCACAUCUUGCUGUCUGUGUGUAUUGCCGUCGUCUCGCCCGCGUGUCUGUCGUGUUUGGACCAUCCCCUCGUCUGUCCAAAGGGGAUACUGCUGUUUGCUCUAACGUAUUCGCUGCAUGCGAACUACCAUCAACUCCCCAUGGUGUUGCCGAUGGUGCUCGCUUAUAAUACUGUGGCUCCGUUGUCUUCGAACAUGCUGCCUCUUUGGAACCUGCACUCGUUGCCAGCUUCCCGUUUCAUGUCUCAAGUGCUUCUUCGCAUUCUGCGAUUACACCCGCCGCGAAAGCUGUGCCAUUGGUGAAGCGUGCGUCCUCACAACCCAUUCCUUUAAGUAAUGGCUAACAUAGUGAGGGAGUGGUGUUCCGGUUUCUCCCCAGAUGCUGUAGGUGAGCGAGCAUGCGCGGCAUGUGCUCGCCUCGUCGCACAGCGUGUCAAUGUUUCAUAGCCGAUAACAUGCUCUAGUUACAAUAUGCCCCACUCCUUGUAAUCUUUUAUAAUGUAACUGGCGGACCUAUGUACUAUCCUUACAUACAACUUCAACUCUCCGCUCCCGAUCCAGAGACACACACUCUCAGGUCAUUCGGACCUGGGCGUGCGGAUGUAGUAGCGCCGACGCCCCCAGCCCGCACAGAUGUAAGCGCC